AUGCCCACAGGAAAGAAGGGGGAGAGCUGCCAACAUCCACUGCGUGGUGAAGGCUUCGCUGUCCGGAUUUCGGUACGUGGGGAGGGGUCGGUGUUGCCGCUGGCCGAGGCGGCCGAGCCCGGAGCGCCCGCCCGGCCCUGCCCGUGCCCGCUGCCCAGCGGCGACACCGCCCUGAGCCGCCUGGUUCGCCGCCUGCUCUCCGCCCGCAGCUCGCUCGACCUCUGCCUGUUCUCCUUCUCCUGCCCGCAGCUCGCCCGGGCCGUGCAGCUGCUGCACCGCCGCGGGGUCCGUGUGCGCCUGGUGACGGACGCGCAGUACAUGGGGCUGCACGGCUCCCAGAUCGGCCGCCUGCGCCACGCGGGGAUCCAGGUGCGCCACGACCAGCACAGCGGCUACAUGCACCACAAGUUCGCCAUCGUGGACCGGAGGAUGCUCAUCACGGGUUCCCUCAACUGGACCACCCAGGCCAUCCAGAGCAACCGGGAGAAUGUGCUGGUGGUGGAGGACGCCGAGUAUGUGAAGGCUUUUCAGGAUGAGUUUGAAAGGAUUUGGGAAGAGUACAACCCUGCUAAUUACAGGUUUUUUUCCGAAAGGCAGUAAAUGAUUGAGCUGCCUCACAGGGCUAAUGGAGGUAAUGUGGGUAACACCCACAGACUUUAUUCUUAUGUAUAGACACCAUUGUUUUGUCCGUCUGGGUGUAACUUUGGUAAAUGUCCCCAGAGAAGUGUUCUCUGCCCUAUAAUGCCGCAGAUGCCUUGCUGGGGGUCACUCCCGUGCUGGAGGGAGUGGCACAACUCUUUGGUUGUGGGGGUGACAGUGACAGAGCUGCAUUCAGAGCCAUUCAGACUUUGGGCGGGCUCGUUGCUGUGCCCUGGUCCCCACCAGGUGUGUUCAUACGAGCGUGUGUUUCACUGGGAAAGGGAACGUUUUCCAGCUCGGGAUAUGGAAUGGAAUUGGCUACAAUUGUAUGGAAAUGGAAUUGUAGCCCAAGGGCUCCUCUAGCCGGUAACUAAAGGAGAGAU